CUCAGUAACUCAGCAUUGCUGCUAACCUGCACCUUAUCACCCUGCUUAACGUGCGCCUCUCUCUCUCUCUCUCUCUCUCUCUCUCUCUCGAUAUGACACAGAUAUUGAAACUAGGGUUUCAGAAUUUCAGUAUUUGUACGAGCUUUGCAGUUGUUCCCAGGGAUUUGGGGCUUCGGGCAUUGGUUUUUGUCAAAGCUAGAGAUUUGGGCUCUAAGCAACUCUGUUGGUAUUCGGCUUCACCUGCAGAACUGAGUGAAUCAAUGGAUAUCAACCCAGAAAUUAGGAAGGCUGUUGUCAGGGGAAGCCGGGCCAGAGCUCGAAAAAUUGAAACUGAGAAUUUUGAGAUUGAUAUGGAUACAGCUGAAAGGAUGACAGUUCGAGAACUCAGAGAAAAAUUAAGGAGCAUUGGGGUUCCCACAAGAGGUGGUAAACGUGAUCUUUUGUCUGCAUUGGAGGCUUUCUUAAACAACAGAGAAGAUGAAAAGCAGCAAUCUUCUGUAAUGAAAACAAUUUGUCCUGAAAAAAGUUUGUCAAAAAGGAAGGGUAAGAGAUUGUCCAGUGAAGAUCAAAUUCAGGAAGCAAACACUGUUUUGGAGGGUUCAGGCCUUAAAUGCUACAAGAGAAGAGUAAAGCAGGUCAAAGUUGAGGUCAACAUUCAAGAAGUCAAGACUACACUGGUUAAAGCAAAGCAGAAGCAGCCCAUGAAAACUAAUGAAGUGUCAGAUAAGGAAUCCUCCCAGUUGAAGAAAACAGCCUCCCUGGAAAUUGCCUCAACGGUUGUUGAACCUUCUGGAGAGGCUAGUCUUUCUGUAAACCAAAAUGAACCUUGGACGAUUUUUGCCCACAAGAAGCCACAGAAAGGGUGGAUUGCAUACAAUCCGAGAACUAUGAGGCCCCCCUCUCUAACUCCUGAUACAAAAUUUGUGAAAUUAUUGUCUUGGAAUGUCAAUGGAUUGAGAGCUUUACUGAAACUGGAGGGCUUUUCUGCUCUCCAACUUGCACAGAGAGAAGAUUUUGAUGUGUUGUGCUUGCAAGAGACCAAACUACAGGAGAAGGAUGUUGAGGCAAUUAAACAGUCUCUCCUAAAUGGCUACAACAGUAGUUAUUGGACUUGCAGCGCUGCGAAACUUGGGUAUUCUGGUACAGCAAUUAUCUCGCGGAUAAGGCCACUUUCUGUUAGAUAUGGACUGGGCAUAUCCGAUCAUGAUACUGAAGGACGACUUGUGACUGUGGAAUUUGAUACUUAUUAUUUAAUAAGUGCAUAUGUACCUAAUUCUGGAGAUGGUCUAAAACGACUGUCUUACAGGGUCACACAGUGGGAUCCAUCUCUCAGCGAUUACAUUAAAGAGCUAGAAAAGUCCAAGCCUGUCAUUUUAACUGGUGAUCUGAACUGUGCUCACGAGGAGAUAGAUAUUUUUAACCCUGCUGGAAAUAGAAGAAGUGCUGGCUUUACAGAUGAAGAGAGACAGUCAUUCAAGUCAAAUUUCUUGUCUAAAGGUUUUGUUGAUACCUUUAGAGAGCAGCAUCCUGGUGUUGUUGGUUAUACAUACUGGGGUUACAGGCAUGGUGGACGCAAAACAAAUAAAGGAUGGCGGCUUGACUACUUCCUAGUCUCUGAAUCCGUGGCCGACAAGGUUCACGACUCUUACAUUCUCCCAGAUGUUACUGGCAGUGAUCACAGUCCUGUUGGCCUCAUUCUCAAGCUCUAGGUUUUGAAAUCUGCUCGAGUUGUUUAGCCAAAGACACACGCAAAAUAUUGGCAAAGCAUAAUCUGAGGGCCUGGAGAAAUUCUUAAAGAAUGAACCUACCUGGAUCUUUGCAGUUUUUUGGCAGCAGUUGUUGGUCAGUAGAGAUUUGAGCUACGCAUACGAGUCCAGGAGCAGGAAUUUUGAGACUCAAAAUUGUGUUGGAAUUUAAAAACAUUGCUCAAUACAGAUUUAUUUGAGAGCCCAGCUCACCGGGGGCUUCCUUCCUUGCUGAUAUGCACUGUUAUAGAAUUGAGGAAUGUUGUGUUUUGUUCAUCUAGGAUCAUGUCACAUGCUAGAUGUUGAGGAGGAAAUGCUACUGCUGAAGCUAAUUUCUUCAUGUAAUUUAAAUGUUUUACAUUGUCAUUGACAAUGCAUAGGCAUAGGCUUUGCCAUGCAUUCUGAAUCUGUAAUCAAAAGCCCCCCUUUUUUUGUGUAUCUGUGAAUAACAGGUGACGGUGAUGUUGGGUUUGUAUUUGGUGCUUUCAUGCCAAUUUAGGGAAAUGUUCUCAUA